AUGGCCAACGGCGACGAAGACGGCGUUGUUCACGAUCUGUUUUCGCUGCUUUCCUCCGAGGACAGGAACUUCCUCGUCCGCAACAACGCCGACCAGGUUGAGAUCAGUAGUUUGAGCGGAAAGAUUGUGGGGUUGUAUUUUUCUGGCUCAUGGUGCGGUCCAUGCCGCCGUUUCACCCCAAGCUUGGUGGAGGUCUACCAGGACUUGGCAUCCAAAGGCGAUUUUGAAGUUGUGUUUAUCUCUUCUGAUAGAGAUGAUAAGUCAUUCAGUGGCUACUUCUCUGAAAUGCCAUGGCUUGCCAUUCCAUUUUCAGAUUUGGAGGCCCGAAAACGCUUAAAGGAAUUGUUCGAGGUUAGGGGGAUUCCUAAUCUUGUCAUUAUUGAUGCCAAUGGGAAGGUUUCUACUGAUCAAGGGACUAGAAUUGUGAUGGAACAUGGUGUUGAUGGUUAUCCAUUCACCGCGGAAAAUAUCAAUUUCUUGAAAGAGCAAGAAGCAGCUGCUAAGGAGAAUCAGUCCUUGAGUUCUCUCUUGGUUUCUAGGUCUCGGGAUUAUUUGAUUUCGAAAGAUGGGAGUAAGGUUCCUGUAUCUGAGCUUGAAGGAAAGAUGGUUGGCCUGUACUUCUCACUUCAUACUCACAAGCCAUGCAAAGAUUUUACUCAGGCACUUCUGAAGUUCCAUGAGAAACUCAAGGAGAAAGGAGAGAACUUUGAGAUUGUGUUGAUAUCUCUAGACUAUGAAGAGGAGCACUUCAAAGAAGGGUUUCAAGCGCCAUGGUUGGCAUUGCCAUUUAAGGCCAAGAGCUGUGAAAAACUUGCUCGCCACUUUGAGCUUGAAAAUGUACCUACACUGGUUAUAAUCGGGCAAGAUGGGAAGACCUUACGCCCAAAUGCGGUUGAACUCAUUGAAGAGUAUGGCAUUGAAGCCUACCCGUUUACAGCUGAGAAGAUUGCUGAGCUUGCUGAGAUUUCAAAGGCAAAACUCGAAGAACAGACUCUGGAGUCACUGUUGGUUGCUGGGGACAGAAACUUUGUGAUUGAAAAGACCGGUUCCAAGGUACCGGUGUCUGAGCUUGCUGGGAAGCACAUUAUGCUCUAUUUCUCAGCUCAUUGGUGUCCCCCAUGUCGCGCUUUCAUGCCUAAGCUUAUAAAAGCAUACAAUCAGAUUAAGGCAAAGGAUAAUGCAUUUGAAAUUAUCUUCAUUUCAAGUGAUCGUGAUCAUUCCUCCUUCAAAGAGUUCUUUUUGACCAUGCCUUGGUUAGCCCUCCCGCUAGGUGAUCCAAGGAAGGCAUUAGUGCAGCGCAAAUUCAAAAUCCAAGGCAUUCCUGCAUUGGUGGCCAUUAGCCCCAAUGGCCAGACACUCAGCACGCAAGCACGGCAGCUCAUACAAGCAUAUGGAGCUGAUGCAUAUCCAUUCACAGAAGAGCAUUUGAAACAUUUGGAAGAAAAGUUUGAGGAAGAAGCAAAGGGGUGGCCUGAGAAAGUGAAGAGUGAACUCCAUGCUGAACAUGAGCUCACACGGGUCCUUCACCACGAAUAUGUUUGCUGGUGUAGGGAGCCGGGAAGUGGUUGGUCUUUUUACUGCAAAGAAUGUGACUUUCAUCUCCACCCAAGAUGUGCUUUGAGUAACAAGGAAGGAACAAAAGCUGAUGCUCCAAAUGCAAUGGAGGGAUAUAUUUGUGAUGGUGAUGUGUGCCGGAAAGUUUGA